UUCAAGGCCUCAAAAACAUCUCAGACAAACACAAUUUGGAGAUAACGGUCAUUACAUUUGCGAAUGGGUAAUGCAAAAAGCAAGGACGGUGAACAUCAACUAGAAGAGGUCGUUCCUACAGGUCAGAUUAGCGGUACAAAUCAUGAAGAAUACAAUGCAACCUUGAUUCCCUUUGAUGAACUAGAUGGAGCUAAUUACGCGACGGAACCCGCCCCUUCUAGCGAGACAAAUAUUAAAGAAUCUAAUUCAAGCAUCGUAAACGUAUCUGGAAAUGUUGACCCAAUAUACACGACGGAAACAGCCCCUACGAGCGAGACAAAUUUUAAAGAAUCUAGGGCAAGCAUCGUAAACGUAUCUGAAAAUGUUGACCCACGAUACACGACGGAAACAGAAUGGUUGAGGGUUGGGUACCAUGCUGAUGGUCAAACUGAACCGGCUAAUCUGACUGAGCUAAAAGUUGACACAGAAGACGUCAUUGCUUCCAAACAUCAUGAAACUAUAACAUUCAAUAUUGAAUGCAAAAAAUACGCGGAUAAUGCAAGGGCGGAGUACAAUGCAAGGAAACGUGCAGCUUAUCGGAUUAAACGAAAUCAGGAUAUUAUCAGCUCACAAAAUGAGAAUCAGCCGGUAGUUGGAAAAUCUGAUCAUAGGGAUCAUAUCAACGCUCGUAGGCGGGCUGCUUAUCGCAACAAGUUGUCGGAUGUUUUGGGUAACCAACAAGUCAUUGGGAAGUCUGCCAGUCGCCAGUCUCUAUCAGAUAUCACAAAUGUUCUCGAAAAUAGGGAGAGUACUAAACCUAAUGUCCAAGAUGUAAAUGCACUUGCCCCUCAAUCCUCAGACAACCCAGCUAACUCUAACUAUCCGGCAUUGUCGCAUGAUGCGUCAACGUUUUCUAUUUCAACUGCGGGUCUUUCUGGUCUCGUUAAUGAGAAUGAAAGUCAAGUAGCAAACCAGUAUUACACCCAAGAAACAGAGGAUAGAACGGAGGCAGAACGCAAGAGAGACCAUAGAAACGCACUGAGAAGGGCCUCCUAUCGACGGAAAAAACUACCUAAUGUCCUAGAUGGAAAUGCAAAGACCCUUGUGGUUACAGACAACCUAACCAGCUUGGAGUCGUUUCCAAGUUCAAAUACGUUGUCAACUGUAACCAUCUGUGACACGGAGCAUCAAGGUGAUCAUAAUGUUCAUAAUCAUCCACCAAUUACAUAG